AUGCCCGCGGACUAUGAGUCCACCGCACGGGCAUUGGCUGUCUCAACCUCUCCAGAACCACACACCACCUCCCCCGAUGAAGAGGAACGUCCGCUCUGGGGUCGGGCGGGCAGACGGAACUCCACCCGCGCCGACCAGGCAAGCAGCUUCCGCGACAGGAUGAUCAUUAAGGGUAAGGUGUGGUAUUGGAAAGCACUGGAACGAUGGGAAGGCAUGACCUUUUGGCAGAAAGUCGGCUUUUUUGCCGCAUCUGUAUUGUCUGUGGCUCUCGGCAUUGGCUUCCUGGUCUUAACAGGGCAGGUGUUCAUCUGGCUGGGGCCGGUCGCUGAGCGAUGGGAAAAGUCUCCGCUCGUGGCCUUUGUCCUCUGGCUAUGUGUCUUUUUCGUCUCAUUCCCGCCAUUAUUGGGCUGGUCGACUUUUGGAACCGCCGCGGGCUUUAUUUUUGGAGUGUGGAAAGGAUGGCUCAUCUACGCUACCGCUACUGUACUCGGGUCUACUGCCUCAUUUUAUGUAUCGAGGACAAUGCUAUCGAAGUUUGUGACUCGCUUGAUGAAACAUGACAAGCGAUUCGCCGCAUUGUCAUUGACUCUCAAGUAUGACGGGCUGAAACUGCUCUGUAUGAUCCGCCUAUGUCCUUUGCCAUACUCCAUCUGCAAUGGCGCUAUCUCAACUUUUCCAACUGUUCAGCCCUUGACAUACGGACUGGCCACUGCCAUCAUUACCCCGAAGCUGCUGGUCCCGGCCUUCGUCGGCAGUCGUGUACGUCUUCUUACCGAGAAGGGAGAAGAAAUGAGCGCAGGAACGAAGGCUGUCAAUAUCAUCAGUAUUAUCAUCACAGUUGCUAUUGGUGUUAGUACCGGUUACUAUAUCUAUCAAAGAACUCUGGCUCGUGCCAAGGAACUUGAAGCACAGGAACGUGCCGAUAUUCGACACUCAUUACGGGCCGAUCAUGCCGCCAACCGUCCUCACGGUCGAUUCGCCGAUGACGACAAUGCAAACGCCGCUGCUGAAACCUUGGCCCGAGACGAGGAAGAACAGAUCGGCUUUGGCGAUCUGGAUGAUGAUAACGUCGACCUCGAUCUAGCUCUCGGUGAUGACAGUGACAGUGAGAAUGGUCGUCGGUGGGAACAAUCCCGAAGAUCCUAUCAUGAUGAGUUUACGGAUAAUGAUUCGGAUGAGUAUGCAAACGAAGGGGACGAAGCAUUCGGUCUCCACUCACAUGUUCAGCGUGAUGUCUAG